AUGGCAAAAAAAAAAGCAUUCAUUCCCCUUCUAUGUCUUACAUCUAUAGUCUUUUUGCCCUGGUGCAUCUCUUUUACAUUUAAGAAAAGUCUGGAAUCUUGGAUUACUAAUUGGUGGAAUACGAAACAAUCCGAAAUUUUCUUGAAUAUUAUUCAAGAAAAAACGAUUUUAAAGAAAUUGAUAGAGUUCGAGGAACUGUUCCUCUUGGAUGAAAUGCUAAAGGAAUAUCCGGAAACACAUUUUCAAAAUCUUCGUAUGGAAAUCUACAAAGAAACCAUCCAAUUGAUCGAGACGAACAACCAAGACCGUAUCCAUACGAUUUUACAUUUCUGUACAAAUAUAAUAUGUUUCCUUAUUCUAAGUGGUUAUUCUAUUAGGGGUAAUCAAGAACUCAUUAUUCUUAACUCUUGGGUUCAAGAAUUUCUAUAUAACUUAAGUGAUACAAUAAAAGCUUUUUCGAUCCUUUUAUUAACUGAUUUAUGUAUAGGAUUCCAUUCAACUCAUGGUUGGGAACUAAUCAUUGGGUCUGUCUAUAAAGAUUUUGGAUUUACUCAGAAUAAUCAAAUUAUAUCUGGUCUUGUUUCCACUUUUCCAGUCAUUUUAGAUACAAUUUUAAAAUACUGGAUUUUCCGUUAUUUAAAUCGUGUAUCUCCGUCACUUGUAGUGAUUUAUCAUUCAAUGAAUGACUGA